AUGAGCUACCUGGCCCACACGGCCCAUCGGCAGUUCUUCGGGUUGGUGCUGGCAGUACUGGGAUUGAUCUUGACGAUCGCCACCAGUGGAGUGGAUGACUGGAGAGUGUGGUAUGUGGACGAUGUGUCCGUCAUCACCUCUGGCACGGCCUGGGUUGGCAUCUGGAGGGCUUGUUUUUAUAGCAACGUCCUGGACACGGCCGAGUUCUGCCGUCGCAUAGGCAUCACAGAUUCGUUCAUUCCUCCAGAGAUCGCUGCAGCACAGGUGUUGUGUAUGACGGCCAUCCCUGUGGGCAUCGCUGCAAACCUGAUUGCAGGAUAUGCCAUAAGACUUGCUUACUUCAACAUUGAUGGAGGGCACAUCAGACUUUUCUUCUCCUCAGCAGGUGCUUUGUAUUUCCUUACUGCAACGUGCUCGCUGAUUCCUGUUUUCUGGAACAUGAACUCGGUGCUCAAAAAUCAUACAAUUGAUUUCCCGCCAGAGUUUCUUCUACCUCCUGCACCGUAUAAACAGGAGCUCGGUCUGGGCAUCACAACAGGAAUUGGCUCCGCUGUCUUGCUUAUUAUAAGUGGGCUGCUCUUCCUGUCCUACAGGCAACCUCGUAAACCCAGGAAACAUAAAGCUGAGGGAACUGGAGAUAACACAAACCUCAGAACUGGUGCUCUGGACACUGAGAACAGGGGAGAAGGGACAGAUAACCCCACAUUCAAGACAGAGGACAAGUUGUAAGGCAGAUUUCUGAACAUUUAGAAGUGAUUUCCAAUGUAAUGAUGUUUGAUCAUGUUUACCUUACACUUCCAACCAAUCAGAUGUCACUCCACUCUGUCACAAAGUUUAUAAAGCGUUAAACAUGGGCUUCAUCAUCAUCUCCCACUUCGAGGUGUAUCCUAAAUCUAGAUCAAAUAUACAGUAAAAAGAAUGCAUAAUUAUGC